AUGGCCAAACACCCUGUUCUGUCUGGGGAUGAUGACUACUACAACCUUGGCACAUACGCCCGCACCGUAAGCACCAAUAGCCAGCAUGCUCAAAAGUGGUUCAACCGUGGCUUAGUAUGGAGUUAUGGUUUCAAUCAUGAAGAAUCAGUCGAAUGCUUCAAGCAGGCUAUCGCACACGACUCGGACUUUGCAUUAGCCUACUGGGGUCUGGCGUACGCUCUGGGACCCAAUUAUAACAAGCCAUGGGGUUUCUUCGACGCAGAGGAACUCCAAGGGAUGCUUGCUACCACACAUAAGGCCGUGCAGGAUGCGCGAGAGAAGUCGUCAAAAGCCUCCAAACUGGAACGGGCGCUCAUUGCUGCCCUCGAGUACCGGUAUCCCCAGUCACAACCACUAGAAGAUUGCUCGAUAUGGAAUAGUGCAUAUGCUGAUGCAAUGGCCACCGUCUACAGGGACUUUCCCGAUGACCUGGACGUGGCAGCAUUAUACGCCGAUGCACUGAUGAAUCUCACACCAUGGCAACUAUGGGACUUGACUACCGGCCUACCGGCCAAGGCCGCACGCACCUUGGAGGCCAAAGAAAUACUAGACCGGGCUCUCGCACAGGAGGGCGGGCUGCGACAUCCAGGUCUACUUCACCUCUACAUCCACUUUUGGGAGAUGUCGGCUACCCCGGAGAAAGCGGUCCAGGUUGCUGAUCACUUGAGGGGGCUUGUUCCAGAUGCGGGCCAUCUCGAGCAUAUGCCAUCCCACCUGGACAUUCUCUGCGGUGACUAUCGACGCGCGAUAGCCUCGAACAUGGAUGCAAUCCGCGCGGAUGAAAAAUUUGUCAAACGCAGGGGUCCGUCGAACUUCUACACACUCUAUCGAGCUCACGACUAUCAUUUUCGCAUCUACGCAUCUAUGUUUGCUGGGCAGUCGGCUGUGGCACUUGAAACAAUCGCCUGGCUGGAGCAGUCCGUUCCUGAGGACCUGUUGAGGGUUAAAUCUCCGCCAAUGGCCGAUUGGCUUGAAGGAAUCAUAGCUAUGCGCGUCCACGUACUCGUUCGGUUUGGGCGUUGGCAAGAAAUUAUUGAAAUGGAGUUCCCAGCCGAUCAAGGACUUUACUGUGUGACAACUGCCCUAUUGCUCUAUGGUAAAGGCAUUGCAUUUGCUGUUCUUGGAAACGUGGACGCGGCUGAGGAACAGCUUUGUUCCUUCCGAGACAAGGUCAAGCAGGUUCCAUCAACCCGAAUGCUUUUCAACAACUCGUGUCUUGACAUUCUGGCUGUGGCGGAUAAGAUGCUCGCAGGCGAAUUAGAAUACCGUCGUGGCGCGUACGACUCUGCGUUUGAGAAGCUGCGAGAGUCAAUCGCUCUCGUGGAUGCGCUGCCUUAUGACGAGCCUUGGGGAUGGAUGCAGCCACCGAGACAUGCGUAUGGAGCACUCCUCCUUGAGCAAGGCCACGUAGAUGAAGCGGCAGCCGUUUACGGUGCAGACCUUGGAAUAGAUGAGACUCUUCCCAGGCCUCAUCGUCACCCGAAUAACGUGUGGGCUCUGCAUGGUCUUCACGAGUGCUUGCUGAGGCUUGGACGCACUUCUGAGGCUACCAUCCUGAAGCCACAACUGACGCUGGCUCUCGCUGCAGCAGACGUGCCAAUCAAGGCUUCUUGCUACUGCCGCAAAGUCUUCGCUUCGAAUUAA